UCUUGUCACUCUCCCAGAGACAGGAGGCGUGCCCUCGUCCAAGAUGGCGGCCUCCAUGGUGUACCGGCGUGCGCUGCUCUCUUGGUUCCGUAACCCGGCGGUGACCCCUCUGGUGACAGGGAAAAGAUGUAUUCUCUCUUCGGCAUAUACCAGUGACAGUGCAUGGGAGAAAUGGGAGAAAGAGCCCCAUGACUUAGUUAAUCUGGCAAAUCAUAUGGAUAAGAACUAUGAAAGGAAGUUUCCGGUUAGCUCCCUUACAAUUGCCCAGUUUGUAGACAAUAUCAAAUCAAGGGAAGAGAUUGAUCAGACUGAAUACUACUUGUACAAAUUUCGUCAUAGUCCGAAUUGCUGGUACUUGAGAGACUGGACAAUACAUGGAUGGAUCAGAAAAUGUCUUAAAUAUGGUGCCCCAGAAAAGGCGUUAUAUACUUUGCAGAACAAGGUGCAAUAUGGAAUAUUCCCAAAUGAUUUCACAUUCAACUUAUUACUUGAUACAUUCAUAAAGAAAGAAAACUUUGAAGAUGCUGCCUCUGUAGUGAUUGAAAUAAUGCUGCAAGAGAGCUUCGAUAAUGUGUCCACCCAGCUCCUGUGCCUCUAUGCCCUACAUAAAUAUCUCUCUGGAAACCCACAGUUGACGUGGGUGUUGGAGAAGAACCUGGGUGCCUCUCUGUUGCUGGCAGGCAUGCAUCAAGAGAACACAGUGGGGUACAGUUCACAGCUGUAUGGAAACACAUUGAUUGGAAAAGUUGAGCUAUCCCAGGGUCUUCGUGCUGUUUAUACACAAAUGCCACUAUUCUGGAAACCAGGUUAUUUCCAGAGAGCUCUGAAUGUUAUGGAGAAGGUUUCCCAGAUGCCUGGAGAAAUCAAGAUAACCAAAGAUGCAAUUGAAAUUUUAAAAUUGGCGCUGGAGUCUGCCAUUUCGGGUGAGACAGAAAAAGUUGCAUCUGAAAAUGAUGACGUUUCAGAAGACACUUCAAUGUGCCCUGAGGACUCGGACAAGACAGAAGCAGAGAUGCUGCCGGAAUAUCUUAGUAGAUUUCAGGAACUUCACGGAAAGCUUGAAUCUCUUGGUAAAAUUGAGACUACUGACCUACUGAACCUGACCACACAAUUAGUCCUUGAAAAGCUGCCUGAAUGUGAGAAGCCAGACAUUGAAAAAUAUGAGGCACAACUCAAGGAAUGGCAAAAUGAUGAGGCGGGUAUGAUAGCAAGAGAGAAAGAGAUAAGAGAGAAAGCAAAGGAGGUGUAUGAGGCCAAACAGGCAGCCGAGUCCGCUGCCCAAUAAACUGUUUUAAGCCGACUUGUUUAUGAUUCGAUUUACUCUAUGGGUCAUCGCCCCAUAUUAGCUGCUAUCGUACUCUGUCAUCGCCCUCACCUUUGUUAUCCUUUUCAGUAGUCUUAUUGGGCUAGUGAAACCUCGGGCAAUGUCUGGUUAUUCCAGAUGUUGGGCCAAGAAUUUUCCAAAGCUUAUUAAUGUUCAUAUAAGAAAAAUAAACUUUCUAAAUAACAGA